AUGGAGGACAGGCUACAGCAGUUAGAUGCUAUGAAGAGGAAGUUACAGGAACUUCGAGAACGGAGACCGAUAGUUGUGAGUGCAAUAUCCUCGCCUGUUUCAAUGGAUACCAAAAAGCGCAUUACAUCAAAUGAUGAUUUUGUUUCGCAUUUAUUAAAUAAUAUUCAAACCCCCAAGAACUCUCAGGAUACGGGUAGCGUAGAUUUGAUUAGCGUGGGCGUUCAAACAGACAAUAUGGUUGAGGGCGAGGAGAUUAAGGAAACAUUAGAACAACAUGGCAUUACGAAUACUACCACAAUUACGUACGAGAAGGCUGUUCAAACUGAUGAUAUCGAACUAGUACCUUUAUAUGCUGAGACUAUUGACAGAUCACCGGAACCACCGAAGUCAAGUGCCGAAGAUGCUAUUAAGUUAGAGGAGGAAGAGGAGUUAGCAUCGGUUGUCAACGAGAUCGAGUAUAGGAAACUUAAGCCUCUAGUUAUAACCUCUCAAAAUAUAUCGCUCGAGACAACUACAUUUGCGUUAAUAGAGGCCCUGGAAAACAAGCGCAGCCUAAUUAAUGCACACCAAAUGGAGGGAAACACCUUUUCUAUAUUUUCACACGAGUUGCAACUGGAUAUAAUUCAAGGUAUGAACCCACUCUGUGCUUCUAUAGACUUUUACCAGGGGUUUGUGUUAGUUUUAGUACAUUGGGAAUCUAAAGUACAGCACUAUAACACCCAAACAGCAUGCUAUGUCGUUAGUUUUGAGACUGGAGAAAUUGUAGACACAGUUCAUUUUCAAGGACAGACUUUAAUUCGAGGUGAGUUUGUGAGGGUCAAGGAUUCCAAGAUCCUUACUAUGCUUUUGACUUCCUAUAAUGGCAAGACUAUUCUUUACGAAUUGAGAACAGUAGCGUCAAAAUCUAGUGGCAAGACUUCGGGACCGCCGAAAUUGGAAAGAAAUGUGAUUUCGCGUAACUAUCACAAUUGGCCAGUUUAUGCUAUGUGGCAGUAUCACGUACGGGACUCCAAGGUUUUGUCAGCCAGUACAGAUGGAACAAUACAUGAAUUGAACUUGAUAGAUCUUAAACCAGUAACUGAUCCUACCAGCUGGAAUGCGGUCAAAGUCAUUCCGUGGUCAAGAUCGGAAUUGAUAUUAAAGGAACCAACUGGGAAUCUUAAAUUUAUAGAACAACUGUCGAGGCUUUCUCUAUACGAUGAGGUUACUAUUAAAGCUAUAUGUACAUUCCAUAACGAUCCUAGCAGCAUAUACCUCGGGUGUGAAGAUGGAGGAAUAUACAAGAUAGUAACUGAGAAAGGUGAGGGUCCUAGAAAUAUUAAAGUGGCAUUAGAUAACAAUGGUUUUAUUCCCAUUGCGGCCUCUGAUAAUGAAGGCUAUGUAUCAGCUAAUCAGGAUAAUGAUUCUGAAUUUGACGAAGAUUUGGAACAAGGUCCGCUAUUCCAUGUUGGUCCCAUUACGGCCUUAUUCCCAUGUAAGGACCUGCAGGGAUUGAUGGUUUCCUGUAGCAUGGAUUGGAAAUGUGUGUUAUGGGAUGUACCGAACAACAUUAAACUGCUUACCGUUGAACUUGAAAGUGCAGUUAUCUCCGGGGAGUUAGCAACUUUUUCUGCAGAAAGUGGAGUUCAUCACUUGGCACUUCUCACAGCAUUUGAGUUUCAUAUUUAUGAAUUGAACCUAACUUCCACACACACUUAUCUGGGUAGUAUUAAAUGGUCGGUACCAUCUGCACCCAAAUUGGUGCUAUCGAUACCUGUAACGCAGAGCAAGCACGGGUAUAAUAUGUUCAGCUACUUCAAACUAGUUCAACAACACGAAAGUUGGUAUGCAAUUCUUGGGGGAGAAGGUAGUAAAUUGGAGUGCUAUAGAAUAUUCUCCUGA